CGGGCUCUGCGCAGACUCGCCGCGGCGCGCCGGACCCGGAAGCACUCGCCGAGGCCCCGCCCCGGCCGCCAAUAGUGCUGCCGGGGGACGCGGCGCUUCCUUUCUGCUCCCGCACUCGUCUCGGCGGCACCAGGUCCGUCCCCGACAUGCAGAACGACGCCGGCGAGUUCGUGGACCUGUACGUGCCGCGGAAAUGCUCCGCCAGCAACCGCAUCAUCGGCGCCAAGGACCACGCGUCCAUCCAGAUGAACGUGGCCGAGGUUGACAAGGUGACAGGCAGGUUCAACGGCCAGUUUAAAACCUACGCGAUCUGCGGGGCCAUCCGCAGGAUGGGCGAGUCAGAUGACUCCAUCCUCCGGCUGGCCAAGGCUGACGGCAUCGUCUCAAAGAACUUCUGACUGGAGAGGACCACAGAUGUGCCGCAUUUGUCAUAAAUAAAUAGUGAGAACCCA